GGAAGAAACAAGAUGGCGGCGGCAGACGGGGACGACUCGCUGUAUCCCAUCGCCGUGCUCAUCGACGAGCUGCGCAACGAGGAUGUUCAGCUUCGUCUUAAUAGCAUCAAGAAGCUCUCCACCAUUGCUUUGGCGCUGGGGGUUGAGAGGACACGCAGUGAGCUCCUACCAUUCCUAACUGACACGAUCUACGACGAAGAUGAGGUGCUCUUGGCUUUGGCUGAACAGCUCGGGACCUUCACAACUUUGGUCGGUGGACCAGAGUUUGUACAUUGCUUACUGCCGCCAUUGGAGAGCCUGGCAACAGUCGAAGAGACCGUGGUGAGGGACAAGGCUGUGGAGUCUCUCCGUGCCAUUUCCCACGAGCACUCUCCCUCAGACUUAGAGGCCCAUUUCGUGCCGCUGGUGAAACGCUUGGCCAGCGGCGACUGGUUUACCUCUCGCACCUCGGCAUGCGGACUUUUCAGCGUGUGCUACCCCCGUGUCUCCAGCACCGUCAAGGCCGAGCUUCGGCAGCAUUUCCGAAACCUGUGCUCCGAUGACACCCCCAUGGUCAGGAGAGCGGCCGCUUCCAAGUUGGGAGAGUUUGCCAAGGUCUUGGAGCUGGAACACGUGAAGAGCGAAAUCAUUCCCAUGUUUUCCAACCUUGCUUCUGAUGAACAGGAUUCCGUGCGCCUGCUGGCGGUGGAGGCUUGCGUGAAUAUUGCCCAGCUCCUGCCCCAGGAAGAGCUGGAGCCGCUGGUGAUGCCAACGCUUCGCCAGGCGGCAGAGGACAAAUCCUGGCGCGUGCGUUACAUGGUGGCAGACAAGUUCAAUGAGCUGCAGAAAGCUGUCGGUCCAGAAAUCACCAAGACAGACCUGGUUCCCGCUUUCCAAAACCUUAUGAAGGACUGCGAGGCUGAAGUUCGAGCUGCUGCUUCUCACAAAGUCAAAGAGUUCUGUGAAAACCUGUCGCCGGACUGCCGUGAGAAUGUGAUAAUGACGCAGAUAUUACCCUGUGUGAAGGAGCUCGUUUCUGAUGCCAAUCAGCAUGUUAAAUCCGCCCUGGCCUCUGUUAUCAUGGGCCUUUCGCCUAUUCUGGGGAAAGAUAACACCAUCGAACAUCUCCUGCCGCUGUUCCUGGCGCAGCUGAAAGACGAGUGUCCAGAGGUCCGGCUCAACAUUAUCUCUAACCUAGACUGUGUGAAUGAGGUGAUUGGCAUCCGGCAGCUCUCCCAGUCUCUUCUCCCCGCCAUUGUGGAGCUAGCAGAAGAUGCCAAGUGGCGCGUGCGGCUGGCCAUUAUCGAGUAUAUGCCGCUCCUUGCUGGACAGCUGGGAGUGGAGUUUUUCGACGAGAAGUUGAAUUCACUCUGCAUGGCAUGGCUCGUGGAUCACGUUUAUGCCAUCAGGGAGGCGGCGACAAGCAACUUGAAGAAGCUUGUAGAGAAAUUUGGCAAGGAUUGGGCUCAGGCCACAAUCAUCCCCAAAGUGUUGGCCAUGUCUAAUGAUCCCAACUACCUGCACAGGAUGACCACGCUGUUCUGCAUCAAUGUUCUUUCGGAGGUUUGCGGACAGGAUAUCACCACCAAGCACAUGCUGCCCACGGUGGUCCGUAUGGCUGGGGACGCUGUCGCAAACGUGCGUUUCAACGUGGCCAAGUCUCUCCAAAAGAUAGGACCCACACUGGACAACAGCACUCUUCAGAACGAAGUCAAACCAGUGCUGGAAAAAUUGACUCAAGACCAAGAUGUCGAUGUGAAGUAUUUUGCGCAAGAAGCCCUUACCGUGCUUUCUUUGGCAUGAUGAUCUACAUCGUGAAACACCCCACGGUGACACUCCUUUAUCCGCGCACGACGCCCGAUCCCGCUGUCCCCGCGGCCGCACCGUAACCCGUCAUUUUUCUCUUGGCUUUCAAGUUUUUUCCCCCCAACGGUGUCUUGUUUUCCCCCACUUCGCGGUUCUGCUGUAUCCUUCCUCCCAGCGGCCGACCGUUAUUUGCAAUUAACUAAUGGCGGCCGUGGCUUUACACCUCCCCACGUACCGGGUGGGCAUCCCGUGGGACACCGGAGGGGAUCCAUUCAUUGUCUGCAUCCUGUGAAAAUAGCCAGAAAACUAUUGUAAAAUGAUCCAGCCCUCCCUCGUGGAAUAUUGCUAUGAUAUUCAUGCUUUUAUUCCUAUUAUAUAGUGUUAAAACUUUUUCCAGUUGCCUGUGUUAACGGAAACGCCGUCUUUCAACUCAAAUCGUAUGUUGUAUUAAAUAUAUUUUAAGAAAAUACAGUUUAAAAAACACUAAAAUAGUUCCAUGUUGUGGUAAAUGAAGCAUCUCAUCGAACACGCUCUGCUUGAUCCCGCGGUAAGUGUCGUGUUGGUCCGGGCUGCUUUUACCCUACGGGGAUUUAUGCUUAGAGUCUUCAACUCCCACCUGAACGGUCUGGGGGACCUAAACGGAGUCGCUCGUCAAAAUGACAUUUAUUUAGCUGUCUCAGCUGAUGUAUUUACUGUUGGCAGUGAUUGAUUAAACAAGCCUUCAGCUAA